GUGAUGGCAGUGUCAGUCUGCAGGGAUCUGACGGUUCAGGUGCUGGAAGAUGUCAAUGCUGUGAAGCUAACGAGCAGACAGCAGGCUCUGCGUGCUGCCAUACAGAAAGGAGAGCCCAAGUGUUUGGGGGUGAGUCAGGUGAUGCUGGGGCUGAUGAUCAUAUCCUACUCCAUUCCUCUGCACUUCACUGAGUUCACUGAUGUCAUCAACUUCGGUGUGCCCUGGUGGACCGGCCUGAUGUUCAUCACAGCAGGAGUGGUCGCCAUCAUCCUGGACAAAAACUGCACCUUAAAGUUUCUGCGGCUGUGUUUGAUUGUCAGCAUGAUCUCUGCCGUUCUGGCAGUCCUUGCUGUGAUCAUCUACUCUGUGGACCUGGACAGAUAUAAAGAGACCUGUGAGGAGACGAGUGAAGGAUGUGAUAACAGAUACUACUCCAUGAAGCUGAGCAGAGGAAUAAAGUCGUCCCUCCUCAUCUUCACUCUGGCCCAGACAGCCAUCUCUGUUGUCAUCUCCUUCCUCCUCUUCAGACAGAGACACAUCUUUGAACAUUAUGUUGCUAUCAGUCAAGCUUGUCCACCCAACCAGCCUCCACCUUCUACCACCUGAAAUCAUCUGUAUCUGGAUGAAAYGUCAACGCUCUGAAGAUCACGCCUCUUAGAAACAUUACUUCUCUUAUAUCUGUUUUCUAUGUUUGUCCAAUAUAUCUAGAAAUGUAUAAUCAGAAAGCCUCUCCACUUA